AAAAAAAAAAAAAAAAAACCAGCUCAGCCAACAAUUUGCAUAAAUCUCAAAUUCUUUUCAAACUGGCAAAAAGAGUUCUUAGACCCUCUUUCUUUCCCUUUCAAAAGAUCACCUUAUUUCACUUGGCCAUUCCAUGUCCUCAGUUGACACUACACUUCAAAGCCAAAACAGCCAUGAUAACAACAAUAGUGUUCAUGUCAAUACUAUAAAUUCAACGACUACAGAAAGACGACAAAGACUACAACAUUAUUUAUCUUUACAAUAUGUCGACUUUGAUCAAGCAAUGACGACGGACCGAUUGAAGUCGUUGUACUCUGAUUUUUCCAAGCUCAAGCUACUGAACCCUUAUGGUUAUGUAGCCAAUAUCAACUAUUGGAAAGCAGUGAUGUUAGACUGCAAUUUACACGGUUUCCUGUCCACGACAGAAAAUAGCUGCUUCAUUGACUCUAACGAGCUGGCAGAAUUAUUUUACCGACCCAAGAUGGGCAAACCUCUGUCCAUGGAUAACGUGGUGGAAGAAAUAAGCAAAGAAGAAGGCCCUCUCCUACUACAAAAUGAUUACGAAAAGCGAUACCCAAUCAAAAUAACAAUAACCAACCGCAAUGAAGGUUGGUUUCAAUGGUUAUACCAUUGGAUGAUACCGAAAGAAACCCCCAAACAUCUGUAUAUUGUUUUGCCUACUGUACAUGAAUUCUCUAGGAAAAUAAUAGAACGGCAUUAUCAGACACCUUUAUGCAGUUCCCUAGACCAUACGUUGACAUUCUUGGAGUUUAAAGAGAAAUAUGGAACGAUGACGUCCCCUGAAGAAGGGACAAUACAGUUGAGUGAUUUAGAUUUGAUAUUGAUUUUGCGGUAUCUGCACGCUCAUCACGGCGUAGACGUAGAAGAGACGCAAACAACCACCCUGUCAAGGACCAUCAUCAUUAAAUUUCCAACGCAUCGAGAAGCCGUGAAAGAGUCGGCAAAGAUAGUAGAGAACGAUAAAGCGAUCGUUAAAGUGAAAAGUAUGUGUGCGCUUCUAAGUCGGCAAGUGAACGAAUUACAGGUCAAGUCAGAAGAAUUACUCAAUCUGUCACGAGAACAGUUGAGAAACAAGCAUAAGUCACAAGCUGUCUACUUCUUGAGAAAGAAACAAAAAGUCGAACGUCUCUUGGAGAAGAAUCUGAAAGUCUUGGAAACGAUGGAGACCGUUCUUCUUCGUAUUGAAACAGCCCAGAACGACUUGCAAAUCGUCCAUGCCUUUAAUCUCGGCGCAGAUACAUUAAGAACACUAUUACAUCAAAAAGAUUUCAACGUAGAUACUGUGCAAGAGACAAUGGAUCAUCUGCAGGAUACCUUGGACGAACAUAAAGAAGUAGAGGAUACUUUAUCAUUAGGUAAUCAAGCGAUUCAUAACGAACAGAUAGGCGGCAAAGAGGGCCAGAAAGAACUAGAAGAUGAAUUAAACAAUCUGAUGAUGGAAGAUAAAGCGGCACAACAAAAGCUAAAGAACCAACAGCAGGAACACAGCAGCCACCCGUCGCACCAUUUCAAUAGCCAACCAAUCGAGACAGAGUCAGAAUUACUGCGUCUUCAAACAGUCCUAACAUCUUUGAACAAUACCUUAACACAGCCAUCUGUAUCUGCUUUAGAAAAACGGCCAUCGAGCAUGAAGAAUAGCAAUAAAAAACAAGAAGCUUUACUUUCUUCUUGACACUGAUAAACGAGAAACCCUUCACUUUCUUGUCUUUGUAAGCUUUCCGU